CACGCGACACAUAUUGCGACGACGAGUGUUUUUUUCUACGUAACGGCCGCUUGACACCCCUGUAAACAUCACCAAGGAGCAUUCAAAAUCACCACCAACUUAAUGGGGCUGUAGAGAAGCGGCAGGGAUGAGGAUCCGUCUGGAGGGUCCGGGCCAUGCAGCCGGCCUCCUCGCCGAGCUGAACCGCUGCCGCCAAUCCCGCCGCUAUUGUGAUGUGUUCCUACAAGUUGGCAACCGCACUUUUGCGGCACACCGCGCCGUGCUGGCCUGCGCUGGGACGUACUUCAACAACCUGUUCACGCGCUCUCCAUCCAAGUCCACCGCCGCCAUCUCGUUGGAGUUCAUUUCCCCCGCCAACUUUGAGAAACUGCUGACGUUCGUGUACACUGGCGAGAUCUUGACAGAUCUGAUAUCUGUCGGCGUUAUUUAUGAGCUGGCUGAAAGGUUGGGUGUCAGCGAGCUGGUGAGGGCAUGUCACGCUACCUUCCCAGACCUGCGGGGCUCCGUGUCUUCAAAUACCAAAGCGAGUAGUCCCGGAGAGGUCCCGGAUGCUCCUGUGGUUGUAGCAGGCUCCUCGGGGGCCAACAUGAGUACAGCUUCAGUUUCCGCUUCCCCUGUGUGUUCCUCUGCUGCCUCCUGCUCGUCGAUAUCAUCGCCUUCUGCCCAGACUCCUGCCACCGCCUCCUCGCCUCACAUUCAAGCUAAGAUCGCAAGGGCGGGACAUGAAUCCACCGCCGGGGCUCUGUCUUUGGACUUCAAGGUAGAAGACAUCCAGUCUCAUAUAGGAUACGGGCAAAUGUCUGCAGAGACACCAGGACAAUGUCCUUCAGCCAGCGGAUGCAGUGACAUGCUGCCUCUGGGGUCUGUGCUGAAGAGCGAGCAGAGACUGGAGGACGUGGAGAAAAGUGAAGGCGACACGAUGACAAGUGGCGAUAUGGCGCCGUCCGCUUUGUGCUCUUUCCCAGACUCUUUGGUGCAACCAUCCUCCUCGGGGGUGCCCAUUGGCAGCCUGCAGGCGGGGGCGGUGGGGGGUGACGUGGCUGACACUGAGGGGGACAGCCAGUUGUUGUACGAAGAAGGAAACGAGGAGACGCAGACCCUUCAAUGCAACAGCACAGCCGAGGAGGCGGAACAGUGGAGGCAACUGGCAGGAGAUAUCAUUGAACUGAGUGAUGAUGACAACUUCAUAGAGGAUGAUGAAGAUGACCUUGUGUGUUUGGAAAAUGGCGAGACAAAGUCAAGCCUCCAGGGCCCAGGAGAGACACUGUCAUGUAAAGCCUGUGCGGCCCCCCUCCCGGCGGUCGCGGCCGCCAUCAGACGACACGCCGAGACCCACGUGACCGAGCCGGGCCAGUGCCGGCUGUGUGACGCGUCAUUUGCUGACCACGCAGCCGCGGUGUCCCACUCCCUCACUCAUGUCGGGGUGCAGCUUUUUACCUGUGACAUGUGUCACCUGGAGUUCUGCAGCCAAAGCAAACUGUUGCGUCACCAGCGGCAGAGCGCGGCCACUUACACCAUACCGCCGCCACAGGCCCUCACCGCCGGCAGCCAGGGCUCGGAGGUGCGGUGUGGCGCCUGCACAAAAAACCUCAGCAAGGACUUCCAGGCGGUGAGAGACCACAUCCUGAGCCACGUGUGCCCCCAAAGCCUGAGCUGCGGCGUUUGCCAGCUCCCCCAGCUCUCCCUGUGCUCGCUGCUGUGGCACGCCCUCACCCACCUGGCGGUGCCCGUCUUCACCUGCCCGCACUGUGCCCGCUGCUUUGCGGAGCGCCCCGUCCUGGAAGCACAUCUGACCGCACACGCCGAAGAGGCGGCCGCCCUGGAGCAGGAGGGCUACCGAGUCGUAACAGUUGGCGGAGCGGGAGAAAGCGUUUCGGGAGCGGAGGAGCUGAAUUGCUUCCUGUGCCCUCAGACAUUCCCUACCUCAUCCGCGUUUCUGUGCCACCUCAGCCAGCACGCCCCUGAGAUCCCGGGGAGCGGCGGAGGACGCGUCGCAGGUCACGGCUGGUCCGGGAAGCGUAAAGCUGACCAGCCACCGGAGUGUCCGCAGUCGUCUUGCUCCUCCUCCUCUCCACGAGAGAGCGGCGGUCUCGUAAAGAUGAGCAACCGGAGUCUCGGCGUAGCAGAAAAGUAUUAUCACGCGCCGUUACACGGCUUGACGUCUGCGUCCCUGACCAACGGGUGCCCGACACAGGACGGCGCCACCGGUGCCGUCGGCGUCCGCGGGAAAUGGUACCGGUGUCGCUACUGCGGGAAACGUUUUGCACACUCAGGCGAGUUCACGUAUCACCUGCGCAUCCACACGGGAGAGAAGCCCUACCAGUGCAAGGUGUGCCUGCGCUUCUUCAGGGGGCGCUCGACCAUGAUCUGCCACCUCAAGACCCACGCCGGCGCGCUCAUGUACCGCUGCACCGUGUGCGGCCUCUUCUUCUCCACGCUGAAGAUGAUGUCGUCUCACCUGGAGCUCCACAAGGACCAACUCCCGGCCCACUUUAACAUUGAACAGACUUUCAUGUACAAUGACCACUCGAAAGAACCGCUGUCCUCCAUGGAGACCUGAUUCCGACCUCCGGCGGGGUAGAGUAGCAUUUUAGCAUCAAAUGAGGAUUGAUUUGAAUGUGAAAGUGAAAGUGAUUCAAACGUCUUCAUCGGAGCAUAAAGAUUAUUUUCCUACAGUUCCUAUUUUCACACAUUAAGCAAUUAAAAGCAUGCUUUUUGAAGAAUGGAACACAACUUGAUUGACUUUUGUAGAUUUGUCUGACCUCAUAUUUAUGGUACUGUGACACUUAUUUAUGAUUUUUUUUAAUGCCUUUAUACAUUUCACUCUCAUUUUGUAACACUGUCCCGCAAUGCCUUUUAUUAAAAAAAAAAAAAAAAAUCAUCAAGGAACCAGAUGCACCAAGGAAGUCCGUCAUUGAGUGAUGCCGUCUGAUGCUGCACAAUAAAAGGCCAGUGAUGACAUUUCUACCCCAGUAAGGCGGGGCCUCCGAUGCCAGCAGGCUAUGACCUCUGACCUCUUUUAAAGCCUCGUGGUCUCUUCCUGCUAUUGUACAAUCCGGGGGGACGAGCACCACUGCUUCC